UUUACUGUAUCCUGGUGAGUGCAAUCGAAUAGAAUUGAGAAAGAGUUCGGACAAGAACUUGGUCGGCGGCAAAUUGGCAGGAGACCAAAAACAUCGGGAGCGUCGAUGAACAGCGAUGCAACGGAGGCUGCACUCGGUCUCCUCAGCCUCUCUCCUCUGAACAAUAACACAAUCCCUCAAAUCAGAAAACCGGUACAAAUACCAACGCCAAGACUACCGCCAACGACAACACCAUUACAACCAGCGCCAUCAGCUAGCCCUCCUCUUCCAGACGCAGAUGCUAUCAGCUGCAUAUGCGGCUUUCUCUUUGACGAUGGUUUCAGCAUUGCCUGCGACGUCUGCUCUCGUUGGUGCCAUGCAGCAUGCUUCGAUAUUGUUGAGGGAGAGGUUCCGGAAGAGUGGCGCUGUUGGGAUUGCGAUCCCCGUCCUGUUAACCGUGACCGUGCAGUCCGCCUGCAGAAGCAACGCAUUACGGAGAUGCACGUCAGGGAGAGGGAAAGAGACAAGGAAAAAGAUAGAGACAAGGGCAAAAAACGAGACAGAGCAGGCUCUCCCGUACAACGACGACGAGCCAGUGCUGCUGCCAUCGAGGGCUCUGGAAACGCAAAGAAGAAACGUAGAGCAUCUAUCAUAUCCCCGUCGACUCCGCACCCACCGCCGACGCCGACGCAGCAUGGGGAAGACGAGCCAGUCGACAUCGACGAACCGUGGUCCCUGUCCUACAUCCCUAUUACUAAAGACAUCGUUACAGCCGAAGCGCAUGCCAGACUCCGCAGACAAGCCCAAGCAUGGCGGGGCGUCACUGCCCUCUCACCACCCAUACACCCCAAUCGUACGCAGAUCAACCCAGUCCCACCCACACCAUCUCCAAGUCAGCUACAUACCAACCCCCUCGUUCGACCGCCCACCUACAGCCUACACACAACUACGCCAGUCCCUUCGUCCAGCUACAUUGCUCCAUUCACCUGCGCUAUCACCCCGAGCGCCUCUUACCUCGCCGACCCGCUUAAUGCGUACGCCCACCUUGGCAUGCCGAAGCCAUUCGUGCAUCUGAUGGGUCCACCUCUGGACGUCGCACUCGAUGCGAGGGUCGUUGGCGACGAGGGACGCUUUGCCCGGAGUGGGUGUCGUCCGAAUGCAGUGCUGAGGCCCUUACUGUGCCGUCAGGCAAAGGAUGAAUCCAAGGCAAAGGAGUCAUCCGAGAAAGACAGGACAGAAAGCGUGAAGAAAGAGAAGAGGGAAAGUGGGAAGAAGAAAAAGAACGACAAGACAGACUCAGAUGAAGAAACUCUCACAUUUGGCGUGUUCGCACUGCGCGACCUCAAAGCUAACGAAGAAGUCGUUCUCGGUUGGGAAUGGGACGACGGAAACGCAGUGCAUAGUCUCCCAGCGCUCAUUGAGAGUCCACAUAUGUUCUCGACGUACCACCUAACUCACCUCCGCGCACAAAUGACCUCAAUUCUCCAUGCCCUCAGUUCCACAUUCACAACGUGUGCGUGCGGUGCCCGCGCAAGGGACUGCGUGUUGAACGUCAUGGCGCAGUAUGUUGAUGGCGAGCAUGAUGCACCUAAUGUCAUGCGUGCAUCAGGGCAGCCCAUGAAUGGUACAGGCGUGAAUGGGAAUGGGGCGAGGCAAGCAGGAGAGGCAGAUGCAGGUGAUGGAUCGAGCUCAGACAAGGAGAAUUGGGGACAUGAGAAUGGGCGAACUGUGGUAGGUCUCGGAAUCCAGAUGAACACAAACCCGACUGGCACCAACGGGAACGGUGGCGUCAAUAUCAACACAAACGGUUUGAAUGGAAACACACCAUCAUCCGCAUUCACCCGGAAAAUUGACCUCGGUCCGCUUAUCGGUGCGAAGCGCGGCUUUAGGACACGGGAGAAGGUACCGUUUGGUGGGGGCGUUGGCGGUGUGGAGAUGGUUCCGUCGGGAUCAGGAGUCAGUUUUGGCGCUGGGUCGACUGGGGGGUUUGGUGCUGAGUUGAGCGGAGGUUUUGGCACUGGGUCGAGUGUGCUCCAGCUGGGUCUUCGAACUUGGGACCCAAUGGAGGAAUGUCGAAUUGCCGCCCUACGAUUUCUACCUCGAGCCCGUCACGAACUUCGAAUUCUAUGAGGGCAAGCGAUAGGAAGGGCAAGGGGCGUGCUCCAGAGGAGACAGAUGUGGAUACAGACGUGGACGUGGAAGGCGACGGCCCUACUUCUGAUUCGAUGGACGUCAACGAAGAGAAGAUUCCGCCCAGGAUGCGUAAAAGGUGGAUGCAUACUGUGUCUGUGCCCG